AUGAUGUUCCCGGGCCUCCUCGCGCCCUCCGCCGGCUAUCCCAGCCUCCUGCGCCCCACGCCCACCCUAACGCUGCCCCAGUCCCUGCAGUCGGCCUUCGCGGGUCACUCGAGUUUCCUGGUGGAAGACUUGAUCCGCAUCAGCCGGCCCCCAGCCUACCGGCCCGCCGCCAACCUGUCCCCGCCCAGACAGGGCCCCCCUUCAGCUCUCAGCGACGCCGGGGCCUCCGACCUCGGCUCCCCGGGCUCUGGCGGCCGGCGGGGCGGCUCUCCGCAGACCCCAGUCUCCCCGACCAGCGAGCCCACGUUUCUCAAGUUCGGGGUGAACGCCAUCCUCUCCUCCGCGCCCAGAGCCGAAACAUCUCCUGCCUUGCUCCAGAGCGUCUCUCCCAAGACCUUCCCUUUCCCCUACUUUGAAGGUUCUUUCCAGCCUUUCAUCAGAUCUUAUUUCCCAGCGUCCUCCAGCGCGGUGCCCAUCCCCGGUACCUUCUCCUGGCCGCUGGCCGCCCGCGGCAAGCCCCGCAGAGGCAUGCUGCGCAGGGCCGUGUUCUCCGACGUGCAGCGCAAAGCGCUGGAGAAGAUGUUCCAGAAGCAGAAGUACAUCAGCAAGCCCGACCGCAAGAAGCUGGCGGCCAAGCUGGGCUUGAAAGACUCGCAGGUGAAGAUCUGGUUCCAGAACCGGCGCAUGAAGUGGCGCAACUCCAAGGAGCGCGAGCUGCUGUCCAGCGGUGGCUGCCGCGAGCAGACCCUCCCCACGAAGCUCAACCCGCACCCCGACCUCAGCGACGUGGGGCCCAAGGGCGCCGGGGACCAGGCCGAGGCCCAGGACCCGCCCGCGCUGCGCCUUAGCCCCGGGGAAGCCUCGGACUCCGAGGACUCCGGGGACGGCGGGGACAUCAGCGUCAUCUAGACGCCGCGAGGCGGGUGGGGCGGCGCGGCCUGGGGGACCGGGGCAGUGCCGGCGACCCCCCGUGCUGCCCCCACCUGCACCCGGCGACCCCCCGUGCUGCCCCCACCUGCACCCGGCGA